GGAGAGGAGGAGGAGGAGGAAGCAGAGCCGUGCGGAGCCGCCGCAGCAGCAGCAGCAGCAGCAGCAGCAGCCUCAUAGCCCCGCUUCAUGGGCUAGUCCGUUAGCUAGCUUAGCAUCGCCCGACUGCGCCGAACCGCCUCUCCAGAGAACCCCGGCUUGUUCUCUCCGUGUUUUCCCUCUCCGUCCUCCCCUCCCUCUCUCCGGGUCCUGCCUCCCCUCCCUGCACGGCUCCAAGAUGAUGAAGUUUCGGUUCCGUCGGCAGGGCACCGACCCGCAGAGAGAGAAGAUAAAGCAGGAGCUGUUCGCCUUCAACAAGACGGUGGAGCAUGGGUUCCCCCAUCAGCCCAGUGCUUUGGCUUUUGAUCCCAAGCUGCAGCUUAUGGCCAUCGGCACAAAGUCGGGAACCAUCAAAAUCUAUGGCACCCCUGGCGUGGAGUUCACAGGACUACACAAAGACACCACUGCCGUCACACAGAUCCACUUCCUGCCUGGACAGGGGCGUCUUCUGUCGCUGUUGGAUGACAACACGAUUCACCUGUGGGAGCUGGUGGCCGGGUCCCCCAGAGAGGUAGGAGGAGUUAAGAAAGAGGGUGUGAUCUCUCUGCAGGAAGUCGACAACUACAGUCUCCCAGGACGACCUGGCAUUGAAAGCUGCAGUGCCACUCGGGUGACCGUCCUCCUCUUGCUGAAGUCGUGCGACCUGCUCUGCAUCGGAACAGAGGGCGGAGGCGUGUACUUCCUGGAGCUGCCCUGCCUCUCGCUGAAAGAAAACCAGACGCUGCUGCAGGAUCAGGUCACGCAGAGCCUGCCAGAUGACUACAGAUGUGGGAAAUCUUUGGGACCAGUGGAAUCUCUUCAGGAGCAUCCUCAGCAGUCGGGGAGCAUUUUGAUUGGCUACAGCCGAGGCCUGGUGGUCCUUUGGGAUCUGAGCACCCGUCGUGCUGAUCAGCUUUUCCUGGGCAAGCAGCAGCUGGAGAGUCUCGUGUGGGAACGAUCUGGAAGCUUAUUUGUCAGUUCCCAUAACGAUGGAGGCUACUCCGUGUGGCCUGUUACCAGCGGCAACACCUGCAAUCACCAGCCAGCUUCCUCCACCAUCCCAUAUGGUCCAUUUCCCUGUAAAGCCAUCAACAAGAUCCUGUGGAGGACAACACAGACAGGGUCUCCAGUGAUGCUGUACAGUGGAGGGAUGCCCAGAGCCAGUUAUGGUGACCGCCACUGUCUGACCAUCCAACAGGACAAAGAGCACGUCACUCUUGACUUCACAUCUCGAGUAAUUGAUUUCUUCACUGUCCACAGCAUAGAGCAAGAGAAAGAGUAUGAUGACCCGUCAGCUUUAGUGGUGCUGCUCGAAGAGGAGCUGGUUGUCAUUGACCUCCAGACCCCCGGGUGGCCCUCUCUGCCCACUCCCUAUCUUGCUCCCCUUCACUCUUCAGCCAUCACCUGCUCCUGCCACAUCUCCAGUGUCCCUCCAAAACUCUGGGAGAGACUCAUCAACGCCGGCAAAGCACAGCAGGGCCGGCAGCAGACGCACAGGAGCUGGCCGAUAUGCGGUGGGAAAAAUCUGGCACCUCCACCGAAACAACAAGAGCUGCUAUUGACGGGGCAUGAGGAUGGCACGGUGCGUUUCUGGGACGCGUCAGGUGUCGCUCUUACUCCGCUAUACAAACUCAGCACAGCCAAUGUCUUCCACACCGACUGUGACCCCAGCGAUGACCCUCAGGACCCUAGCAACGACCCCGACAUGCAGCAGGAGGAGGAAUGGCCUCCCUUCAGGAAGGUGGGCUGUUUCGACCCGUACAGCGAUGACCCUAGGCUCGGCAUCCAGAAGAUCAGUCUGUGCAAAUACAGCAACAAGCUGGUGGUGGCCGGAACUGCAGGACAGGUGAUUGUGCUGGGUUUGAGUGAUGAGCGCUCAGACCACUUGGUGGACGUGUCGGUGGUUGAUCUCCUGCAGGACAGGGAGGGCUUCACCUGGAAGGGCCAUGACAGGCUGGAACCGCGUCUCAAACCUGCCCCCUUCCCUCCAGGCUUCCAGCCACUAGUGCUGGUGCAGUGCCUGCCUCCGGCCUCAGUCACAGCGGUGGCGCUGCACGCCGAGUGGAACCUGAUCGCCUUUGGGACGAGUCAUGGAUUCGGCCUUUUUGACUACCACAGACGAAAUGCUGUGCUGGCCAGGUGCACCCUGCACCCAAAUGACUCUUUGGCGAUGGAGGGUCCCCUGUCCAGAGUGAAGUCCUUGAAAAAAUCCCUACGACAGAGCUUCCGACGCAUCCGUAAAAGCAGAGUGUCUGGGAAGAAACGCACCAUCAGCACACCCACCAGCAAGGUUCAAGAGGCCAAUGCUGCUCUAGCAGAGCAGGAGGAAGUAGCUCCGGUACAACGAAGGAUUGAGCCCCGGUCAGCAGACGACUCUUUGUCUGGAGUGGUCAGAUGUCUCUGUUUUGCUGACACCUUUCUGCGUGAUGGUACCCACCAUGGCCCCACACUAUGGGCAGGCACCAACUCAGGCAGUGUGUACGCCUACGCUCUGGAGGUGCCUGGUGUGGGUUCAGGACGUGUGUGUGAGCGUGGCGGGGCCAGUGAGAGCAGCGUCUGUGUGGAGGCGGUGCUGGGAAAAGAGAUCCAGCUGAUGCACAGAGCUCCCGUGGUGUCGAUCUGUGUGUUGGACGGCCGGGGGAAACCGUUACCGGACCCAUAUGAAGCCUCCCAGGACCUCGCCAUCGCACCAGAUAUGACCAAUGCUCACUCGGUGCUCAUCGCCUCAGAGGAGCAACUCAAGGUGUUCUCUCUCCCUAAAGUGAGCGCCAAGACCAAGUUCAAGCUGACUGCACACGAAGGCUGUCGGGUGAGGAAAGUGGCCCUGAUGGUGUUCAGCUCCACAGCUCAGGAGGACUACAGUGAACACACACUGGUCUGUCUGACCAACCUGGGAGACAUGCACCUCUUUAACAUACCCGGCCUCCGACCACAGGUGCGUUACGACUGCAUUCGUAAAGAAGACAUCAGUGGCAUUGCAUCCUGUGUCUUCACCAAGAACGGACAGGGGUUUUACCUGAUCUCUCCUUCAGAGUACGAGAGGUUCUCCUUGUCUGCGAAGGUUCUCACCGAGCCGCUCUGCUCUGUUCAGCUGGACCGACCACUAGAGCCCACACCUGCCAGCGAUGGUACGAUGACGCAGCCGCAGGCCAACGGAACCCACAAGAACCAGAUGGGUCAGGCUGAGGGGCAAACAGAGGAGGCUCCAAGCUCCCUGUCCUCCCCCAUCCUGGACACCCCUCUGGACUCCCCCCUCAGCUGUGCUGACCUCACCCUCGACUCGACUGGAGAACUCACUGUGGAGGACGUCAGGGAUUUCCUAACAACCGUAGACGAGGCGGAAAAUAACCUAAAGAACAUCAAAGAAGAGGAGGGACGCUCACCUGGCAUCCUCAUCAACUGAACAGUAUUACAGGGAGGGGCUCUAGUGGUCUCGAUGGACUGGAUUUCAGUGCUGGACCACAAACAUCUCCCAUCAGCCCACUGUGGAGCCCCCCCCCCAGCCAGCACGCUACACUCUCCUCACUGCCGGGAGGAAAAGUCUUACUACGGACACAGAAAACGACGUUAAAGAUAAAAAAAAAAGAAACUUGUGGUGGUUCCUCCUACUGGAAGAACACACUCUUCUUCUUAUUCAACCACUUUGGAAACGUGACAUUGCCUCUCACUCGGAGACAGGAAGCCCGGCGUGUUCCGUCGGAGCUGAAACUGAAAAUGUGUCCUCGUCCAUCUCUUUGCGAUCAUUCCUCCUUGAGCCCUUCUCCCGCUGAUCACUGCAGCUCGGCCUUCGAGGAAAAGGCCGCCACGUUCAACAUAGGAAACUUACUGAUGUUUUUAUGUUUCUAUCCGAAGUUUUGCGGCAUCGUGGGCUCCAUCUGAGGUUUUGGAACCAGUGCUCAGCGGCCAAACGUUGAUUUCUUGUGCACAAGUGGUGGAUGUGACGGAUUGUUCUGCUUAAUGUACACGACAGUCCUGCAAAUGAGCUGCUUUGAUGAACUGAUGGUAUCCAGCAGUGACUGAAAGGGAGCCCAGUAAGGGACGAGCACAUCAAGUACUUUGAUAUAUUUGAGUAUUGAAAGUUGUAGCAUUUCUGUUCCCACUUUUUUUUUUAGGGCAGUUGAAUCACUUGUCGUCCUGUUGGCACAUCGUCAUCGCCAAGGUUUUGAGACGCUCUCUAGGUGUGAAGAAAAGAACUGAGGACUGGGACAAUGAAGGUGUUUUUAUUGCAAAAGUUGAAGCUCUAUUAAAUGUGUUUUGUACGGCUUUGGGAGAAGAUAUAUUGAAGGACAAAUAGUGGGAGAAAAAUUCAAGACAGUGGCUUCUAAUGGAACCAGCUAGGAAGUGUUUUUGGGACUGGAGCUGAUUUGUUUUUUUCCUUUUUUGGGGGACUUUUGAAAUAUCUUUAUUGCUAAAUGCACGACGUGGACAGAGGUGUCAUAAGAGUACAACGCAGAGGUGAAGCAAGUUAGCCUCCUAUUCAGUGGUUGUAGUGAAACAUCUUUCCCAACUUGAAGCCCUGUGAUCUAUGUGACAUCACUGUCCUCUCUUACAAUAAGGAAUCAAUGGGACCACGUGAGGUGAAGCUACAGUGUUGUACAACCCCAGAAAGAUACGAGGUGGUGGCAGCCAGGUUUCAGUCCUAAUUUUCUGCUCUUAGUUUGGGUAAAAAUCUGGAUUCAAUGUCAAGAAAUAUUUCCUCAGAGACUCAAAGAGGAUGAAGGUAUAGAAUGUGGUAAAAUGAAGGAGCCGUCACUCGAACCCUUCUUCCUCUUAAUGUUUCAUCAUCUCACGCAGAAAAAUCUUUUGACAGGACUCAGGGAAGUGUUGCAAGGUAAGCAAAGUCAGUCUGAAAGUGUAACGUACUGGAGAUUUCUUAUUGAGGUCUCUGAAAUUGGUGCAUUUUGGCUACACGCAGAGCUUUGAUCAUCAGUAUUUUUAACCCCCCCUUUUUUUAAAAAAUGUUUUACUGUGUAAAAACAUAUGCAGUAUCUAUAUCUGGGUUCACAGAAGACAGGUUUGUAACAGCAAGCUGACGAUGGAGUAAAAUAUUCGAACCUGUUGUAGCCUCAAGAAAAAACGCCCCCCCCUGCAGUAUUCCCUUAGCUUCUUGAUCCUUGUUUUAAAAUGUUAAAAAAAGGACCUCACUACUAACUAAUGUAGCUCAGCAGGUAGGAAUCAAUGUUAAUGCCUCUUUUUUUUUUGUUUUUACUCUUGUGUUUAGCUUUUUUUUUGUGUUCUGGUUGACACACGUGAUUAACCCUUUCAUGCUACAGCUGGCACGAUUUACCUUUUUAAUUCCACAGUUGAGAUGAAUUUGUUUCUAUUUUGUCAUCCAGUUUCAUGUGUAGGAAUUUAUUAAUCGGGUCAUUUAGCAUUUUGGCUGAUGAAGAAUUGUGAAUGUUAAUAAAAUUAUUUACUCUCUCUAAGA